UUCUUCUUCUCUCUCUACAACCUGAUCCAAAUCUUUAACUUGAUGCACUUCUUCUUGUUGUUUUAGUGUUUUGAUCAAGGGUUUUGUCAUUUGUGGAGUGUUUGAUGAUUUUUUAACAGCAAUGGAGAAAAGAAACUGUGUGAGGGAUGAUAACAGGUUGAAAGAUCUCAAUUUUCUUGGUGCAAGAUCAGCAACAAAUGGAGUUUUUAGUGAUUUUCUAAGAGAUAAAGAUGGUGUUAAUGGAGAGGUGGGAGAUUUAGUGCAUGGGUUCUCAUGGCCUCCAAGAUCUUAUACUUGUACUUUUUGUAAAAGAGAGUUUAGAUCUGCUCAAGCUCUUGGUGGCCACAUGAAUGUUCAUAGGAGAGAUAGAGCUAGGCUUAGACAAAUGUCAUCCUCUCAAAACUUCUCUUCAAACUAUAGUAGUUUGUUCAAGCUUAACCUCCAUCCAAACCCUAAUUCUAACCCUAAUUUCUCACCUCAGUUUUCUUCAAACUUGUCACCCUCUACAACAGUGUUAUCUCCCUCAUAUGUACAACAUGAUUUGUCAUACUCAUCGCCGACUGGUAACACGUCCUAUUGUUUGCGCGAUAAAGGUGGUGAAGAUCUAACCAUGAAGAAAUCUCAUAUACCCGGUUUUGGGUUUUGUAAAUUUCUUGGUUUUCCAUGUGAAAAUGAGGGUAAGAUUGUAAAGAAUUCAGAGAUUGUUAGAUGGGAUUCGGAGAUCGGCUUGUUUGGUGAAUCGGAGACGGAUGAUUUGGACUUGGAACUUCGACUCGGUUGCUCUUAGUACUUGGAUUAACCAUUAAGCGUUCAACGUUAAUAAGAAGGUGCAUCUUGAUGACUUGUUUUAUAAUAUUGGGGUUAAUCUUCAUUAUGAUAUGUGAUUUGCAAUUUUUUAAUAUGUAUUUGAGGGCAAGAACUUGUUUUGUAAUGUACUUUGCAAUUUUUUAAUAUGUAUUUGAGGGCAAGAACUUGUUUUAUAAU